UUCGUUUACAGUUAUAUUUUUUUCAAAGUCCAAGGGCACACAAAACCAUGAGCAACGGCUACGAUUUAUCGGCAUCGCAAUUCUCGCCAGAGGGGCGUGUCUUUCAAGUCGAAUAUGCCGCCAAAGCUGUGGAGAGAAGUGGCACCUCAAUUGGUUUACGGGGAGGGGAUGGCGUUGUGCUCGCUGUGGAGAAACUCGUAAAUAGUCCGUUGUUUGAGAACGACUCCGGCAGACGUAUCUUCACCGUCGACACGAACAUUGGCAUGGCAGUUGCCGGCUUAACGGCCGAUGGCUAUGCUCUGGCCGACAUAGCCCGCCAGGAGGCUGCUAACCAUCGCCAGCAGUUUGGCAGCCCCAUCACUGUGAAUCACAUGUGUGAGCGGAUAUCGGCCUAUAUGCACGCCUAUACUCUAUUCGGAUCAGCACGACCGUUCGGGGUGUCGAUUACAUUGGGCGGCUGGGAUGAAAUCUUUGGGGCGCAGCUCUUCAAAAUUGAGCCGUCGGGCAAGUCCUUCGGCUACUUUGCCUGUGCCAGCGGCAAAGGCGAGCAACAGGCCAAGACCGAGAUGGAAAAGUACAAGUUUGUGGAUAUGCCGUUGGAGAAUUUGGUACAGAGUGCUGGCCGAAUCAUCCAACUGGCGCAUAACGAGGCUAAAGACAAGGGUUUCUGCUUUGAGAUGGGACUGGUGGGCAAGGAUACUGCAGGCUUGCAUUGCAUCAAUCCGGAACCGUGGCUCAGCCUGGCUGUGCAGGCUGGCUUGGAGGCAUUACAUGAGGAGGACGAGGAUAGCGAUGAUUAGAUACGAGUCCCGUACUAUAUGUUUAGACACUUUCGGCUUUAACUUAGUCAGCGACAAAUUAAAUGUGUAUCUGUACGUGUGACGGGCUUAAAAUAAAAUCAUUGCAGAAUUUAAUGAGAUUUUAA